AUGACUAUUCAAAUACGUCGUCGAUGUCGACGUUAUUAUCUCGGUCGUUUUACUAUUUAUUUACUGAUAUUAUCUGCUACAUGUUCAACUGGUAUACUUUCAUAUAAUUUUUAUUUAAAUAUUUUUUCUGAACAACAUAAUGAAAGAUAUAAAAUAUUUAUUGUUGAUAAAACUGAUCUUGAUGAUGCACAAAUAAAACCAAUUCAAAAUAUACAUCUAUUACAUAAAGAUUAUUUUAAUAUAACAAAUCUUGCUUGUCGAUAUCCAAAAUUAGCGAUUAAUAAUCCUGAAAUAUGGCAAUAUUUAGAUCCAAUUACACCAUCGGAACCAGAUUGUGAAAAAUCAACCAAUUGGGUUUAUGUAGAUAAUGGUACGUUUCGAUUAUCUCAACAAGCUCUACAAAAACAUGGACCAAUUGUUUGUGCAUAUCGUCCUAUUCUUCGAUCGAAAGAUGAUUUUUCAACAAUGGAAGGUGCUCGCUUAUUUCCUGUCGUUGAUAAAAUGCCACUUGUAUCCGAUUUUUUUCGUGCUGAUUGUCGAGCACGUGAUGGAAGUUUCUAUUCAAAUAUACAUUCAGGUAUUAUGUUUGAUGCUGGUUUACAUAUGAGACAUAUUUGGAAUCCAAUGGUUAAAACUCAUUUGGGUUAUAAUAUUUUAAUGUUUGGUUUUGAUUCUGUAUCUCGUUUAACAUUUAUGCGUUUUUUACCAAAAAGUUAUUCAUAUUUAAUUAAAGAAUUAGGUGGAAUCGUAUUAAAAGGUUAUAAUAUUGUCGGUGAUGGUACACCAGCCGCAUUAUUACCAAUUUUAACUGGACAAACAGAACAAGAAUUACCUGAAGCUCGACGUGGUCGUGAUGGUGCACAAACAGUUGAUGGAUUUCCUUGGAUUUGGAAGAAAUUUAAAGAUAAUGGUUAUAUUACACAAUGGGCUGAAGAUUUACAAGCAAUAGGUACAUUUCAAAUGCGUUUAAAAGGUUUUCAAGAACAACCUGUUGAUCAUUAUGGUCGUCCAUUUUAUCUUGUUGCUGAAUCUAUGCGUACAUCGAAACCAUAUUGUUUUGGUUCUUUAACACGUUUAAAAUCAAUGCUAAAUUGGGUGCGUGAUUUAUAUGAUAUGUAUCCAAAUCAACCGAAAUUUUCAUUUACUUUUCAUGCUCAAUAUUCACAUGAUUCAAAUAAUCAUUUACCCUAUGGUGAUAAUGAAUUACUUGAAUUUUUAAAAAUGAUGAAUAAACGUGGUCAUUUUGAUAAUACAAUAUUUAUUUUAAUGACUGAUCAUGGUGCUCGUUUUUCAACAUUAAGAAAAACAUAUCAAGGUAAAUUAGAAGAACGUUUACCAUUUAUAUCAAUUCGUAUGCCAACAAAAUUUCAAGAUAAAUAUCCUCAUUUAAUGUAUAAUUUACGUUUAAAUUCACAUCGUUUAACAACACCAUUUGAUUUACAUGAAACAUUUGAACAUUUAUUUGAAUUUCAUUCAUCUGAUCCCUAUCAAUCGAAAACGAAUCGUUCCUAUAGUCUUUUUCAAUUAAUACCUGAAAAUCGUACAUGUUCACAAGCUGAUAUUGAACAACAUUGGUGUGCAUGUUUAAAUUGGAAUAAUAUAUCAAUAAAUGAAGCAUUUAUUCAAAAAUUUGCAAAUCAAGCUAUAGAAUUUCUUAAUAAUUUUGUAUCAGAUUAUAAAGAUCGAUGUGCAAAAUUAGAAUUAUAUCGCAUUAAUAAAGCAAGUCAAUUAGAAGCGAAUGAACGUCUAUUAAAAUUUGUUGAUUCAAGUGAUAAUGAUGGACGUGUACCACGUUUUAAUAAUAAUACAUUAAUAAAUAAUACGAAAAAAUUUAUAUCAAAUCAAACAGAAUAUUAUCAAAUACAAUUUGAAACUAUUCCUGGUCGUGCUCUAUUUGAAUUAACUGCUGAAUAUAAUCAAUUGAAUGAUAUAUUUAUUAUACGAAAACAACGUUUAAGUCGAAUGAAUAAAUAUGGACAAACAUCAGCUUGUAUUGCCUAUAAAAGACCUGAACUUCGAGAGAUUUGUUAUUGUUCAAAUUUGUUAAAUCGUACGAACAGUUCUAAUACUGUUUUUGUUGAUACUGUUAUAAAUAACGAGAAAAAAGUAAUAAAAACAAUGAAUAUUGUUGCAAAUCGCAGCAGUCUUCAUCCUUAA